CCUAUCUAUCGCACGUGUUGAAAAGAAACUCGCAAGUGAAAUAAACAAAAUAAUGCAAUUUUUAUUUUUCCAAGACCAAAAUUAGUAAAAAACAAUAAAAAUGUCACGAAUAAUUGUGAAAAAUCUACCAAAAAAUAUAACUGAGAAAAAACUCCGUGACUUGUUCGAAGCCCAAGGAACCAUCACCGACAUCCAACUAAAGUACACCAAAGAAGGUGUAUUCCGACAAUUUGCCUUUAUCGGCUAUCUCUCCGAAAAUGAGGCACAAUCUGCUAUUGAGUAUUUUAACAAUACCUGUAUCCAAACGAGUCGAAUUCGGGUGGAGACGUGCGCUCCACUUGGUGCCGAGGAAAAACCACAAUCGUGGAGUAAACAUGCGAAAGAUAGUAACGCCUUCCGCAAGGCAAAUGGCAUUAUUGAUAAGGAAAAGGCCGAACAGGAGCAGGAACUACUAAAGAAGAAGAAGGCAAAGAAGGUGUCAAAGUUCGAGGAGAUCAUCGGGGACCACAAGGACGAUCCACAGUUUGUGGAGUUUAUGCAGGCACACGAUAAGAACCGAACUCUAUGGGCUAACGAUGCUAAAAUGCUUGAAGAUGGUGAAAAGGAAAAGAAAGAAGAAGACGACAACGACGAUGAUGAUGAAGAUGAAAAAAUGGAACCCAUAAAAUCAGAAGGAAAAAAAGAGAAACAAGGUAAAAGUGUGAAAAAGGAAGACGAUGGUGAUAGCGAUGACGAUGAUGACAAAGAAGAAGAGGAAGAGAAAGAUGAUAACAAAAAAUUGGCAGAAAAACCUAUAAGUGACUUGGAAUAUAUGAAAUCCCUGGUAAAGACAUCGCCCACCAAAACUCCUCCAGCAAAAAAAGAAAAAUACAAAGUAGACAACAAGGAUCUCUUCACAAUCAAAAUUCAAAACGUUCCCUACACAGCCAGUCGUCAAGAUGUCAUCCGAUUCUUCAAACCUCUCAAACCUUACUCUGUCCGUUUGCCACCCAAACGUCACGGAUUCGCCUUUGUGGGAUUCAAAACCGAGAAAGACUUCAACACCGCCUUUUUGAAGAACAAAAGUUUUAUCAAAGGCAAACAAGUGUUCUUCACCGAUUUCACACAACAGAACAAGAUUUCCCUAACCAAGGACGAUACCAACUCGAGUACGACAGUUAGUGGGAAGCAACUCAAAUGGCAGGUGCAGGAAGAGGCGCUCAAAAACGAGGAAAACAUCUCUGAGUCGGGUAAAAUCUUCUUCCGAAAUCUUGCCUACACCGUGGUAGAGGAUGAUUUACAAAAACUCUUCUCGGAGUAUGGCCCUGUGGCGGAGGUAAAUCUUCCCGUGGAUUAUAUCACUAGGAAGAUCAAGGGUUUCGGAACGGUGACGUUUGUGAUGCCUGAACAUGCCCUGCAAGCGUUCUCAGCCCUGGAUGGGACCCAUUUUCAUGGUCGGAUGUUGCAUUUGAUUCCCGGAAAGUCCUUUAAUCAUGAAAAAGAUGACGAGACACAAGAAGAGGGUCUCUCGUGGAAGGAGAAGAAGGAACUCAAGCUGAAGAAAGCCGCUCAACAGACGUACAAUUGGAACACACUGUUUCUUGGAGCAAAUGCCGUGGCGGAUGUUCUAGCUCGACAAUACGAAACUACUAAAGAGAAUAUUCUUGACUCCCAAACUGGUGGAUCUAGUGCAGCUGUACGCUUGGCUCUGGGAGAGACUCAGAUAGUCAUUGAAAUGAAGCGUUUCCUCGAGGAGAACGGCGUGUGUUUGGAUGUCUUUGAGUCUCAGACGGCAAAGCGUUCGAAUACCGUCAUCUUGGCAAAGAAUUUGCCAGCCGAUACGCAAGUCUCCGACAUCCAACCACUGUUUGCCCAGUAUGGACUAAUUGCGAGAUUUGUGUUCCCUCCAAGUGGUGUGACGGCGUUGAUUGAAUUUGCAGAUCCAUCUGAAGCGAGAAUUGCAUUCAAGAAGCUUGCCUACAGCAGGUUCAAACAUGUCCCCUUGUAUCUGGAAUGGGCUCCAGAGGGCACCUUCAAAACUGCGGCCCCCACCAAGCCGAAGGAAGAAAUCAAAAAAGAGGAACCCAAUUUGCCAGAGACGAGUGAAAAGAAAACAAAGAAACAAUUGAAGCGUGAAGACAAAGAACGAAAGGAAAGAGAACGCCUUGAAGAAGAGAAGAAGCGAAAAGAAGAAGAGGAAACAGCAAAGGCCAAGGCAAAGGAAGAAGCUAAAGCUAACGACGAGGAUAGUGACGAUAUGGAUGAAGAUGAGCCACCAGAGGAAGAAACAACUCUUUUCCUGAGAAAUUUGAACUUCAAGACGAGAGAAGAUGCUGUGAGGAAUCACUUCAAGCACAUGGGAAGAAUUCACUUGGUGCAAAUAGCAAUGCGAAAAGAUCCUGAGGAUCAUAAGAAUAAGAUUCCUCUAGGCUAUGGUUUCAUUCAGUUUAAGAAGAAGGCUGUGGCUGAGAAGACUUUGAGGCAAAUGCAAUUAACUGAAAUUGAGGGCAAUCAGGUGGAGUUGAAGAGGAGUGAUAGGACAAAUAAGAGCGAUAUUAAACCAACAUCAACAAGAAAAACUACAAAGGCAUCAAAACAAACUGGCACAAAGAUUCUUGUGCGGAAUAUUCCGUUCCAAGCGAAGGCCAACGAAGUGCGGGACAUUUUUAAAGCUUUCGGUGAAAUUCGAACUCUGCGAUUACCUCUAAAAAUGACGCCCGGCGAGGAGUCACAUCGUGGAUUUGGUUUUGUCGAUUUCAUAACGAAAAGUGAUGCGAAAAAAGCAUUCGAAGCUCUUAGCCAAAGUACCCAUUUGUACGGUCGGCGAUUGGUACUCGAAUGGGCAUCAACAACCGAAGACAAUGUUGGCGAGUUAAGAAAGCGCACAGCUCAAUCCUACCAACGUUCCGAAGGACCAAACAAAAAGAGUAAAAAGGGACUAUUUGAUGAUGGUCAAAUAACCACCGAAAAAAAUGUUGAAGAAGAUGAAUAGGAGUAGAAGUAUUUUAUAAGAAAAUAAUUUAAAUAUAAUUUGUAUAGUUAAAAAUAAACAAAAAUUAAUAAACUGAUUUACUAAAUUAA